CGCUGCUUCAUACGUAACACCACCACUCCCUACACGACCACCGCUCGCUACCGACAUCGCUGCCCACAUUGCUCACACUUGCCCCGGAACGCGCACCGAGUCGACGCACAUCACGUGGAGGAUCUCGCGACGCCGUAUCGAGGCUUGGAAGGGGGAGAUAGGGCCUCUGAGGGCCUCAGGGAUCGCACCGCGCGAUGGAACGACGCAACAGCCACGACAGCACGCUCUCGCGCCGGGAGAGCGUCCAAAAUGUCUUCGAUGACGAAUACGAGAUUGACUUCGACGAGGAUGACUUCAUGGUCUCGGAUGGCCUCGGUUUUCGCCAGACACACGCCGACACGGAGACUCGAAAUGGCCACCCGCAGGAGAGCGACCGCAAUGAGACCCCGCAGCGACAGUACUCGACAUCAAAGGCCCCAGGGAACGACCUGCGACGGACUGCGACGAGGAACAGCACCGCCAAGGUGCGCAAUUCCAUGGUACAGGAUGGUCGCCCCCCGGGUCUGAGCAAUCGACCGCCCAUUAUCCAAUCACCGCUGCAACACCGCGAUUCAGUCAGCUCUACUGCAUCUUUUGCGACGACCAGCAUGUCAGAGAAUCCCUUUCGGACAGGCCCCAGCCAUCCGUACGGCAUGUACCCCCAGCACACCAUGGACCGCUCGAACAGCAUUGCAACGGCCUCGACCGGAACACAGGACCGGCCCAUGUCAAUCCAGCGGCCGGCGCAUCCCUAUGCCAUGUACUCGCAGAGUGGACUGGACGAUGAGACGCCCAUACAGACAAUGCAGGCGAUCCAGCCUACAGUGCCCCAAAUCCAAACGGCUAUGCCUGUAGGCUUUCCAGGGUUGAACAAUGGCUACCACCGAGUGCUUGGACCAGAUGGCGAAGAGCAGGACAUUAUUGGGCCAGACGGUCAUACCGAGCAGCUUCCACCGUACUCCAGAUAUCCAGAUGAGGGCCCCACGAAGGCCUCCAUGGCUGCGGAGGCGAGCGCGUCGCGUAUCAUCCCCGCACCCCUGAACCCUGCCAUAGAGAGCGAGGACCCCUUCAAUGCUCCUGCGUCACCAGUAUCACCCCUCAGCGAAGCAUCCUUCUCAGCACACGCCCUGUCUGCCGCCUCCUCUGAACCCUUGUUGCCUGCCAUUGCACCUGCUCGUCUCCCACCCCAAAGACCAGAGACACAGACGGGCAACUUGGCUCCCAUCUCCUCAGCCAGCACUGUUCCAGCUGCACCAUCUGAUUCAUCUUCAGCAUCACUAUUGACGGCGGAGUCGGGAGAGUUCAACGAGAAGUACAACGAAAAGGAUGACCCUGAAUCAACAAAACCAAGUUGGCGUAAAAAGAGACUAUUUGGAAAGGUCCCAAUGGGUGUCGUAGUUGUAGUCCUUCUGCUGUUACUCAUUUUUGCCGUUGCUCUUGGGGCGGCAAUCGGGACUUUUGCUGCAAAGAAGCACAACGGUGACGACAAGAAGGGGCACGGCAACAAGCCAGAAGAGGAACCACAACCACAAGUUACGGGUCCAAGUGGCUCGCUCUUUGGUGCCACGCCUAUCCCAACUCCCUCUGGGUUUUCAUCACUUCCCACUGGUGCAUUCUCACUUCCACUUGGGUUUCCACAGGAGGCCAACCCAGGCUGUCUGGUGCAAGCCAAUGAGUAUUCAGCGUGGUCUUGCAAGAUGACGUUUGCGCCCAUCAUCCUCACCAUCAACAAUACAGGCGUUGACUCCAAUGGCAACCAGCAGCAAGGGGCGUCGACUCGAGGAGGCGCUCUGGCCCCAGAUGGUGUUAUCCAAUAUGGCGCGCAGACUCCUCAGCUCGACCUCGAGCCUAUGCAACUUGUGCUUGACCUCGACUACAAGAAUUACGGCCCGGCCUAUCACUUCUCUGCCAGAUACGACAAGAUCGUCGUACUAAGACCCGAAGAGUUAACCGCUGGCUCAUCUUUGAAGAAGCGAGAAACUACAGACGACACGCCAUCUCGCCAACGAUUCACCGUCCAGCCCGGAGACUAUCCAUGGUACUGCUACUGGAACCGUACCUACAUCGAAGGUUACAUCUACGCCGAAGACAACUCAACCGCAGCAUCCUUCACCGCACUACCUACAACGUGGCCAACAAACCCGCCCAGCUCUACAGUCCCAGACACUGUGACUUUCGCAGCCGCAACAUUCGCACCGACAAGCACAACAACGACAUUACCCAAUGCAGCCGCCGAUGUCAUUCCAACCUCAUCCUCCAUCGCACGCCGCGACGCCAUCGCAGACGCAGCAGCCUCAUCCUCACGCAUCCCUCCCUACCCGCGCAUCGUCAAGAUCGAAGAACGCCGUCUGCCCGGCUCCCCACAGCCAUACUGUCAACGCAUGGUGCUGCUCGACAAUGGCAAGAUCGCGCCGGCGCCAAACGGCAACGAUCCCGUUUUGAUGUUGUGGUUACAGGAGCAGGACCCGAGUUACGCGGAGUACUUCACUGCCACGGCGAGCGCGCAAAGCAAGCGCGAUGUCGAGCGCCGUGGGGAUCCAGCGGAUUCGUGUCAUUGUCAGUGGAUGUUUAAGUGAAGUGGGGAGGUGGUGGAUUGCUGAAGUUUGUCGUGCGUUUGAGCGUUGUUAUGCAUCUACAUGGAGUCUGGGUCAUCUCUCCACAUUGUCUUUUCUUUUCUUAUUGCAUAUAUCACGGGCGCCAAGGACAGUUACGGCGUUUCUAUGUCUGGUCACAUAUAUGUCGCUUUCCUUGCCUACCGCGGAAGGUUCUAGCUAUGGCGUUCGCAACGAACGAGUAACUUGUAUAUAGUGGAUGGUCGCCGCUGAUGUGAAGUAUUGUCAGGCAGGCUUGUGAGCUCAUGUAGGAUGCACUCAGAUUAGUGUCGAUAGAAGAAACCUAUUAUCAUUG